GUGGCGCCGGGGCCGAGCUGGGGGGGGGAAGCCCCGAUCCCCUUCCCCCACCCACCCACCCCCUCCCUUCCCGGCAGCAGCGCCCCCCCCUCCCCUCCCUCCCUCCCCUUCCCUCCCUCCCGCUGCUCCGCGGGGCAGAGCCGGCCGCGGCUGCCCGGCUCCGGGAUGACUCUGGGCAGCGGCGGCGGCGGCGUGGCGGGGAUGCCCGACGAGGAGGCGCUCUCCGAGGUGGAGGACGCGGAUAUCGACGUGGUGGGGCCGCCGCCGGACGGCGCCGAGUCCAGCUCGGAGGACGAGGAGGAGGAGGAGGACGAGGAGGAGGACCUGCCCGGCCCCAAGGCGCACCGGCGCUCCCCGGAGCCCGGCGGGGCGGCGGCGGCGGGGACGGACAAGGCUGCGGCGGGCGGCCCCGGGGGCAGCGCGGGCAAGAACCCGCUGGUGAAGCCGCCCUACUCCUACAUCGCGCUCAUCACCAUGGCCAUCCUGCAGAGCCCCAAGAAGCGGCUGACGCUGAGCGAGAUCUGCGAGUUCAUCAGCGGCCGCUUCCCUUACUACCGGGAGAAAUUCCCCGCCUGGCAGAACAGCAUCCGCCACAACCUCUCGCUCAACGACUGCUUCGUCAAGAUCCCCCGCGAGCCGGGCAACCCGGGCAAGGGCAACUACUGGACGCUGGACCCCGAGUCCGCGGACAUGUUCGACAACGGCUCCUUCCUGCGCCGCCGCAAGCGCUUCAAGCGGCAGCAGCACCCGCCUCCCCCCGAGCUGCUGCUGCGGGCCGGCGCCGACCCCGCCGCCUUCCUGCCCGGCUUCCCCUACGGACCCUACUACAACUACGGGCUGCAGCUGCACGGCUACGGCCCGCCGCCCGCGCCGCCGCCGGCGCCGCACCCGCCGCUCCCCUUCCAGCCGCUGCCCGCGCCGCCCGCCGCCUUCCCCGCCGCGCCGUCGGGGCUGCCCGCCUUCCUGGGCGGCGAGCUGGGCUGCAGGAAGCCCUUCUACCACCCGCAGCUCAGCCCCGGCGCCGCGGCGCUGCUGCACAGCCUCAAGGCGGACGCGGGCCCGGCCGCCUCCCGGCCCUCCUUUUCCAUAGACCACAUCAUGGGCGGCGGCCCCCCCGGCGGCAGCAGCAGCGGCGCGGCCCCCGCCUUCCCCCCGGGCCAAGCAGGCGGGCAGCCCCCGGUGCUGGCCAUGCUGCCCCCCGGACAGAGCCCGCUCAACCUGGCUCCCGACUCGCUGCUGCAGUCGGGGCAGAACUUUUCCACGAAAAUCACCAGCUGCCCUUUCUAGGGGAGGGGGAGGAUCGGGAGAGGACAGGCUUCCCACCCUCCCAUGCCCCCCUUCCUUCCCUAUCCCCCUGCCUCCCCCCCCAAAUAAUCCUCUGUUGUGCUGGAAGGUAGGACUUUCUUCCUUGUCUUUUGCCAUCCAGGUCUGGGGAAAGGAGACGCCAAAUCCUCUCCAGCCCCUGCUCUAGAGAGUGACUGGGUGGACUGGGAAGUUGGGGGGGAGAGAAAUAUCUAGAGAAGCCCCCAGGGGAAGGUCGGAAAUCUUGUCUGGAGCGAAAACUUUUCCACGCGGUGGUCGGCCGAGCUUGGCGAGCCUGGCUGGGGUGUGCGCGGCUCGGUGUCUCUCUCCUUUCUCUUUCCAUCCCCUGCUCUCAAAGAAAACGUGGCACGGGCCGAGCUUGUCUAGAUCAGGGAAAUUCAGGUGCUUGCUGUUGAUCCAGGAGACAGCCACAGGCGAUGGGAGAUGGCAGGAGGAUUCACCCCCCACCCCCAACCCCUUUCCCCACCUCUCACCCUGGUUCUCCAGCCCCUUCCAUGCGUGGGUUGUUCCCCCCCCCAAUCCUUCUCCUUUAUUUUGGUGUCUGUAAUUAUUUGUACAUAGAUUAUUCCUGGCUUCUCUCCCCGCCGGCUCUCCAGGCUCCCUUCUUACUCCAUGGAGAGAAUCUGUGAAUAAUUGGAUGUGGAAAAAAAAAAAAAAAAAAAGAGAGAGAAACAAACAAACAACAAAAAAAGGCAACUCCGUUUAUUUUAUUUUAUUUUUUUGUCCGCCCUCGGUGUAAAUUAAUAAAUGUUUGUGAACUGUUGAAAAAAACAACAACAA